AUGUUCUUCAUUGACCCGCAAACGGUCGGCUGUUGCGCCGUCGGCUGCUGCGGCAUUGCCGCUGCCAGCUACGUGUCGAACAACCUCUCCAAAAUACCGCAUCCGUCGGAAUGCGGUUGCAUUGGCAGCCUAUAUCGCAUCACUGGGAUCCACGCCCAUGACCCGUUCGACUUUAUUUUGGAGAUUCAUGAAGCCGUCGGUGGCGUCGACUCAGGGAAAUACUUCUUCGAAGUUGAAGCCGGCAGGACGAAGUACCGCACUCAGACUCUGCCUUCGAAAGACGGUCAGCUUCAAGUGCAUGAGAAGCUAAAGGUACAUGUGCGACAGUGUGACGAUGCUAUAGUUGUUAAACUCUACAGAAGCCACUUGUUGCGGUCGGAUCAAUGCGGUGAACUGAAGUUUUCGGUGGAACAUGACCUUAUGGCACCAAAGCCAGCCAAGAGGCGCUGGUUCACCAUGGUCCACCAAAAUCGCACAGCCACACGCGUUAAGGUCUCCAUAUACUGCAUGAGUGACGAGGUGGCAUCAAGGGAUUUGUCAGCUCUGACGUUGCAGGCAAUUGUAGAGUCGCAACAAAAUGGAUCCAACCUAGAAGAGGAGCUAAUAGAGGAACUGGAGAAGAUGGACGAUUAUGCGAAGCUCAGAUUCUUUUCCAAGGUGUUAUCAGGCCCGCUCAAGAAAAUGAAUACCUUCGGCCGAAAGUGGACCACGUUCUAUUUCAAGCCGCUGGAAAUAUCGACUGGCAACUGGGAGUGGUGCGUUUGGAACUCCAUCGACGACUACAAUGCUGGAUCAGAGGCCAUCGAGUCGUACCCGUUUCUCUCAAUGAGCCUCGUAGUGGCAGAUCCUACGAACUCAGCUUGUUUCUACGUGAAGUACCACAAGGAUGGAAACGACUUCGGAAUCCUGCUAAAGCGGAUAGACAGAAACAGGGACGUUUGGUCCGAUUCACUCUACGAAUUCAUUGAGAAAACCCGUGAGGUGUACUUCAAAAUACCGAAUAAGCAACGGGUCAAGAUAUCGCACAAAAAAGUCAGGCGCUGUAAGGAUCUUGAGAUGAUCUCCCAGCAGCCGGCCGACGACGAAAAGCGGAACGAGCUACAGGCCAAACUUGCGCAAAGUAAACGGCUCACAAGUCCUAUGGAGCGGGGUGAAGCGGAUGAUGAAGCCAAAUUGCAGGAAGCGAUCGGAAGGAUGGCGCAGAACAUGUAUGUCGAGGAAUGCAGCACGGGAGACGCCUAG